AUGACCGAAUACACGAUCGAUUUCUUCGGAACCGACAUAUUAACCACCGUCACCAGUUCUUCUUCAGAUGUAACCGAAUGGAUCGAAAUGAUACGUUACAUCCAUCGCUUCCGCCUACACAAACUCGUGGUAGGCCUCGGUGUCCAAUGGCGCCCCACCUUCUCGAAGGGUGACCGUCCUCCGCCCGCCACCUUGCAACUUUGCGUGGGAUGCCGUUGCCUCAUCUUCCAACUCAUCCACGCAUAUUCAAUUCCUCAAGAACUCAGGGACUUCUUCCAAGAAUUCCAAUUCACCUUCGUUGGUGUUGGCAUUAGACAUGACAUGUUCUUGCUCAGCACACAUGGAUUGCGUGCGUCGAAUUUUCGGGAGCUUCGGUACCUUGCCGCAGACAGGUUGGGAAUCAGAGACCUCCAUCAUGCAUCCAUGGAGAGAUUGGCCAGUGAAGUUCUUGAUAUUGACGGUGUGGAAAAGCCGGUGGAGAUUGGUAAGAGUGAUUGGGAUAAUAGCACACUUAGUAAGAAGCAGGUUCGGUAUGCUUGCAUUGAUGCAUAUGUUUCUUUCAAGAUUGGGAGAGAAUUGGAGGCUUGGGAUGACGACGAUGAUGAUGAAGAUGACGAUGAUUAUGAAUGAGAUUCUUUCUUCUUCUUCUUCUUCUUUUCUUUUCCUUUCUUUUCCUGUUUUUUUUUUUUUUUUCAGUUGGGUUUUGCUAAUGAUCAUGAAUACCUCAAAUCGGGUGAUCCAAACCAUCGAUUGGAUGGGCUCCACAUAAAAUGGAAUAUGCACUCAAAGUCUCCAUUUAAAGGGACAAUCUAAAUCAUUAAUAUAUUGUAGUAGAGAAAAGAACAGGGGCUGCAUUCAGCUGUGCAAAGGCCUAUAGAUUGGCUGGUUAGGAUCCUCCAAUCUGGUAGAUUUUACAGGGCUAUCCACUUUGGGGUUCAUCAGUUAGAAGGUAAGGAUCACUGAACAGGUUCUUACAAACUGAAAACUAAGU